AUGAGAGAGGAGGAGGGGGAAUUGAAUGAGAGGAGGGCGGUCGAGGGCAGAGAUUCGUUAGCUCGUGUGAACCUGCCGGGUUUGGGAUUUGCAGCUCGGCAGGUCUUUGCGUUCAGUCUCGGUCUGCAGCUGACUCUGCAGGUCUGUGUAUCUGGACACACACACGGACGACUUGUCGUCAAAGAAGGGAGUGAUGCUGUGUUACUUUUCUCCCUCGAGAACAAGCAGAGUAUUGAAGCAGCGCUCUUCGACUGGAGGAAAGCUGCCCACAAAAAUACUGGUCGUCAGGAGGUGUUCCUGUACAAUGCGGGCAGCCAAUACAACAACGGGCGCUCAGGUCAGAGCGAGCGGUUCAAAGGUCGAGUGUCUCAUUUCCCUGAAGAGCUGAAGAACGGUAACGCCUCCAUAAUCAUCAAAAAUACGGAGAUAGGUGACACUGGAAACUACACCUGCAUUAACACUGAGCUUGUGGUCGAGCCCAUCCUAAGAGACAGAUCAGGAAAAAACAAAGCUGCGACUCCAAAGCCACGCAUCAGGACGCUGGAUGCUACAGACGACAGGGUGUUGCUUCAGUGUGAAGUCCGAGGUGCUUCUCCAAAACCUCGUCUUCAGUGGCAGGACAGCGCUGGAAACAAACUUCCUGCUGAGGAGCCGCAGGUUUCCUACAGAGAGGACCACGACUCCAUCACCCUCAACAUUAACGUGACCAAGAGCGACCGCUACCGCUGUGUGAUCACACAGGACGAGAUCCACCAUCAGACUCACGAGGAGACAUUAGUGCACUUCAGUGGGAAAGUGUGCGAGGACUCAUCCAGAAAAGUGGCAUUCGAAUGGCUGUUUGGAAGUUUUGUUUUUGGAGUUAUCUUUCUCGCUACAGUUCUAGCUCUGCUUACAGCUGCAAAUCGCAUCAAAAUCCUCCACAAUAAAGGUUCUCCGCUGCAGGACAUCGGCCUGUGCAAAAACCGUUUGAGCGAACAGGGAAACUGCUCGUGUGAGUAGAUCCUUCACAGCACUUGCAAGGAGUUAAGGAUUGAGUGUGCGUGUGUGAAUUGACGAAAGACAUUAAGGUACGUCGACAACUUAACAACCGACAGCUUCCGAAAGAGUCAAUGUCUCUCUGACAGAUCAACAAAGACUGACAGUUUUCCAAAGGUGUAUUUAUUAUAGAAAAUUAAGAUCUGUCGAUUUAGAUCUGGAUACAUUUCUGAACGCUGUAUGUUGCUUUUAUUGUUUUUUGUGUUGACCUUUUUUUCUUUAUUAUCAUCUUUACCAUCUCAUCUGUGUGUCUAAUUUAUAUUUUCUGUCACAUUCUUGGUUAAAAAGUGAGAAUGUAACACUUCACUAAAAACUGAAGGGACUUAGGCUUUUUAAAUGUACAUAUCAAUUAAUUAUUUAAUUAAAAAUUAAUGAAGUAGCUCAAAUCAAAAGGGACAGAAAGGCGAAUAGUGAGUUGACGUGUCAGAUCAGCAGAUCUCGGUUCUUAUCAUGUGUCGCCUAAAAACUUUUACAUUCUCACCAUGUUAAAGGCAUUUGAGCUUUUCAAAAGUGUUGUGUAAGAAAAUAGUGUGUUUUCAUAUGUGUGUGUAAAUUAUUUAUUUAAAAAAAAAAACGCACUUCAGGGAAGCACUGCUCAUUAGAUUUUGUGUAUUUUUUAAGUGAAUGCCACUGUAUUUUGUCGUGCAACCCUUUGCU